UUAGGUACUGUUCCUAAAUGAAGUGUGGUGAUUUGUCAUUUUUGCAAGUGAUUUAUGUCGUAUUCGCCGUCUUAUUCCCGUAUCUUACAAGCGACGCUGGUUCCAACUUUAAUUGGUUGAAAUGGUUUCUUGAUCAGCACAUUGAUGAGUCUCUGAAUGCCAACCAGAUGUAAGACAGAAAAUUCCUGAUCAAUAAUGGUGCUAUCAUUAAAACUUCUUGAUUCAGAACUUCUGGAUUUGUGAUUGUCGAAGGAUUCUGCGGAAAGUCCCCUGCCCAGUGUGAUCUUAUCCCAAGGUGUGCUCUGAUGAUUGACAUUGAUUGACUGUCAUCGUCUUUAUUAUUAUUGUCAAUAUCACCAUCUCUAUCAACAUCUUACGAAUCUUACUCCUCCAUCCGACAGCUGCAGAUGCAAAGAGGAUUUGUCUUCCAAACACUUGAGGUCAAGUUGACACGUUGUUGAUUGUAAAAAAUCUGGACCUGUCAAUCUGUAGGAAGUCUUGUCGUCUGCUUGAGAGAUUGUCGUCUGCUGUGGCUAAAUAAUGGCAUAAUGGUAAAGACCCUUCCAGUGCUACAUGUAGUCCCUAUUCUCUUGUACCAUGGAUAACAUACGUCGUCACUUCCAACUUGCCCAAGGCCCUAAACCUCCAAUGGCGGAAAGCCGCUCGACGUUUCAUACCCACGUGCCACUGGCCGGGACAUUGCAGGGAGACAUCCAUGACUGCUGCACAUCCAGUGCUAACUUCUUAGACUUCAUGAUCAAAUUCUGUGGGGCUGGCACCCACAUGGCUGAAUCGUUUACAAAAGUAUUUCAAAACACACCGUAUUCAGAAGCUGCGGGCCAGUUUCAUAACGCUAUGAAAGAACUCUUUAUGGCAACGAAUAGUGUGACAACUCAGAUGAAAUCAAAGCUGGAUACAAUGCUGCAUGGACUGCUGAAUAAAGUUGAAGGUGAUUGUAAGGAGUUGCGCUCGCAGGAUCAAUUACAGACCCUUGCCAAAGGUUAUCUUCAUGUAAUACGCCUACACUGCCAGUUUGUUCUCACCAGUACCGAGGUCCUAUCACAGUUUUACGAUUAUAAAAAAGUGGACGAUUUGAUACACCACGGCGCACCUGUGCGCAAUGAAAAUGACACACAUAUGUCAGCGUUGCAAUCACUGGCAAAACUCACGGUUACUGAGACGCACAAAUCAGCCGAUGACGUGCCACAAGGUCAAGGAAAAUCUGGUAGUCAUGGCAGCUGGCCUCCACAGCUUGUCCCAGUUACGAACACUGAUAAAACUAUACCAGAUAUCUGGAGCCAGAAACCCCCAAAGCAUCCUGGCUACGGGAGUCAGCGGAGUUAUAUCACUGAAGGACAACCAUCACGAUUUGGUGACAUCGGAUCACGGACUGCCUCAGGUCAAUCUCUUAAGAAUCAAAAUGAUGUCAAAACAAGCCUUGCAGGACAGUUACCACGUACGGUGCAUUUAGGUCCAUGUAACCGGGAUGAGAAUCACGCUGUUACACAAGAAGAACUCGACAGCGUGAUCGACUUCCUGUCUGGUCACCAUGGCAACAAGCCGUUAGAAUCAAUCCCAGAAUCCACGUCACUGCCACCAUCAUGUCCACCAGUACCACCACCAGAACCAUUUUACUCCCAAUAUCCACCUGUGUUUACUACUCAGCAGACGUCACCGAUUCCACCACCGCCAUCGACACAACCGCCACCUAUUAUGAUGCGUGAGAAUGACUACUCAAAUAUAAACAAUGCCAGCCAGCAUCGGUUAUCUGAUGGGGCUCUUGGCGAUGUGAUGGAAAAGGGUGAAAUUGGACGAAACACAUGGCCGCAUCGAGGAAACUCCGAUAACAAUAUGCAGCAGCAGUUCUUUUCUUAUGGCAGUGCUAGUUCUUUUGGUAGCGACCCUGAAUUCUUGAACUAUGUAGCAUCGAUUGGUGCUUUAAUUGGAACGGGACAGAAUAGUCAGAUUUGGUCUGCGGGAUCCGGCGAUCUCAAAUUACACCACAGCUGGCCAACGCAGGGAUUUCAAAAUCCUGAAGGCCGUGACAAUCUGACUGGUAGUUGGUCCGGACAGCAGGACACGAGUAGCAGUGAUGAAUCAGCCAAUGAGGAAGCCCUUCUAAACACAUGCCUUGGUGCUGACCUUGCUAAUAAUUUCGGAACUGAAAGGAGGUCAGAAGUGUCCUUACCAUCGGAGAGCCUUGUUACCCAAGGUGUGACGAGCAAGUCACAGGUUCAUGGUGGACAGGGAGGCAGCCAGCCAAAGUUAGCCCUCCCGCCGAAACAACCUUGGGCUGAAAACCCUUCACAGACAUUUUAGAAGUGUAUGUCUCCCAAGAAUUCUCCUCUUCCCAAAUUUUUAAAAGACUAUAGGGCACCAGUGAAGUCUCUUCCAAACUUGUUAGUUUCAUACAGACAGUUUGUCCUAGUGCCUGCCCAGCAUUAAUUCAGGACCUUCUUUAAUCUGUCUAUUCAGUAUAUGGUCAGAGAUACCUCAAAGUGUUGCUCAUUAAACCCUAUUUCAAUGAGCAUGUCACUAAACUCAGGUUUUUAUGAAGGUUGCCCAGGUAUUGGCAUGAUAUAAACAUUGGUGCAAGUCGCAUUCUGCUGUUCAACUUUAGGUAUUGCGUUUUCACCAAAUACACACUGUUUGACCGUGAGUGUGCCCAGAUUAGGAAUGGGUCAAAAUAAACUUCUCCUGAAACAAUUUUUGGGGAUUUAAGUGGUGAAAUGAUGCUGCACAUCCAGUUCGUUUUAUGAUUAUGCCCAAAAGUGACAGGCCAGUGUUUGGUGUGAAUUUGAUGAAAUCACAGUCAAAUAAGCCCAAAUUGAGAAAAGUAAGGUGUGUGAAAAAAGCUGCAAUUGACAGUGCUGAAUUUGUUUUAUAUUGAAGACGCACAAUUGUUUUUGCGGAUUAUUUCUCUGCAAGGAUUAUAAAUCUUCUGUUGCACACAGUUAUGUGCAGGUCUUACUUGUUUUAUUGAAUAACAUGGGUGGCUGCUGGGUUGGUUUCACUCGCACAUUAUGAAAAGAAUUGCUUUUCAAUUUGGCUGAUUUUAGUCCAUUUGUUGUAAAAUACUGUGUGUGAAGGUAUUCAAGACUGCCAAAAUGCUGAGGCAACUAAAAUCAUUUCUUCAGUGAGGCUUGGAGGGGGCAUUGAUAAAAGUCUGAUAAAAGGGUAUGAUUUCAUUGUAGACUUUUGAAUUGGCUACACCCAGUCUUACAUCAUCCAGAGGAAAUCGGGUUGAUAUUCGAUUCUCCGGCCCUGCACACUGGUCUGGAGAAGCGAACAUCAUUCUUAUGUAAGAACUCAUAUUUUAUGUUAGUGUUUAUUUACUACUGAAUCAUGUGCAAUUAUACUUUAGUUGUUCAAAAUAAUCAAGGGUUGAUUAGGUUUUUUAUCCAUCUUUGUAAAUCAUGGUAUAAAUCACUUGUUGUUUGCACGAGUUGUUUUCUCUUAGAGACGACUGUCUUUCUCAGUCCUGACUUACACGUUUAGUGAAUGAAUUGAACAUACCCCUGUGUGCUUCUCUCUGAGCUGAGAGGCAUGAAUCGCUUGUCCUGAUAUUUAGUAUAGAUAAGUUCACUCGAAACCUGUAUAAUGAUUUUCAGGAAGCCAGAAUUGUUGUUUGUUAUUUUCGUUAUAAAAAAUCUGUGUUCUAAGUGAAUGGAUGCUUCCAUGGAGGAGCAACACCAAAAAUGCUGCUCACUUGAAAUGUUCCGAGGGAGAAGGUGUUGCUCACUUGUCGCUGCAACAGAUUUUGUGGGAAACUUGGGUCAUGAAUGGAAGGAGAAGCUUUGUUUUAUCAAGUGUUCAUUCAGGGCCAUGAGCUAACUCAUAUGACCUUUUAAUGAAGUCACCACUUGCUUGUGAUUGGCUGGCUCUUGGGUGGCUCUGGCCCUGUUCAUUUUGUUAGUGGUGCUCCUACUAAGUUACUUUCCAGGCUAAUAUUUUGUUGACUGUUGAGAGAGGGCAUGAUAAAGAAAGCAGGCUUAAAGGAUGUAUUAUAUUUGAUACAAAAUAUAAGCAAUAUAUAUCAUGCUUCAACACUUUUUAAAACUCAUAAAAAUUUCAAACUGGUGUAAGGAAUCGGUUUUUCUCCUAUAAUCAUUUUGCUGUAUAUAUUGCUGUUAAAUUUUAUAUCUUGAUUUUAAUUGGUACUGUGUAAGUUCAGUUCUCUGUGGGUGAAUGCAACUGAUUUCCAAAAGAGCUGGAAUCGUAUGCUUUCCCAAGGUUGUUUCACUCAAAAUAAGAAGACAUGUUGAUGCGAACAAAACAAUCUUGGUUUUCAACAAAUUGAGGACACAACAGUUGUGUAACAUAUAUUCUGCCUCCGCCUGCCUUCUGACAUUGCAUACAAACAUUCUUCAGCUGGGUGUGACAUGAAUGUUCCAUCAACUCUUUGUGCAUGUCUUCAGUUGCAUCCCCACAGGAGCUGUGGGAUAGCCCUCAGUAAUGUACACUGCUCUCUUCUUUGAACCCUUGCUUGGAUCCUUGAAAAUUAUUAUUCUAGCCACACUGCUGUCAAGUUUUCAACUCUCUAUGCAGAAAUAUAUUGUGAUAUAUAAUGGGAAUGUUA